AUGAUUUAUUGUAUAUGUUGACAACACCCGAUAGCCUCGUUUUCGGUUAGUUAUGAAUAUUAAUGAGGAACUCAUUAAGAACGAAGUAAUGUCGACGACUUGUAUGCUGUCGGUGUCUCUGUGUUUGGUACUGAUUACAGGAUGUUAUGCCUCUUGUCCCAAGCGUCCAUCGGAUGGAUUUUGGAAGGAUGACCAGUUGAAUGGCCGCUGUAUUCUCAAGUGUUAUAGUGGAUUUGAACCGUCGAGCUGCCACGUUCUCCGGCGUCAACAAGGUCAAGAAGAGUGGAACCACAAAAUCCCUACAUGCCAAAAAGAGUCUCUCGUGUCGGGGAAAACUAUCAUGGUUCUAGGGGCCGGAACAGCUGCCGUGGUAGCCCUUCCCGCAGUUUUAGCGGGGGCGGGGUUUACUGCCGCUGGGGUAGCAGCCGGGAGUCUAGCGGCGUGGGUUCAGACCUCGUGUACUGCCGCUGGUGGUUGGUUUGCUGCGGCACAGAGCGCAGGCGCACUGGGAGCCGCCGCCACCACGAAAGCUGGAGUCGGUGCUGCCGUAGCGACAGCAACAGGCGCAGUCUCUUCAUACUUAUCAGAUUGUGAACUGGAGUAGUUAAGCUCCAUUCUUCAGGAAUAAGAGACUUUGUGAAUAAUUCUCACGACUAAUCGCUAUCAAUCUGUAUUUGUUUUUACUUUCAGUUAACAUAAUAUAUUCUGUACGUCUCUCCUGAUAUUGCUAUAAAAUCACAUGUUAAGUGUUCCUCUUGUCUAUCAUCUGAAAAUCAGAUUAAACGAUGUUUACCUUU